GGUCUGCAUCAGCACUGUCCCCAAAGCCAUCGGCCUUUGUCAGCCAUUGGACCUAUUUCCUAUUUAACAUCCCACAACUCUGCCCUCUCCCAAUGCAAACCACCCAAGACAAUGCACAAAGCUGUAGCCUAUUAAUAAUGCUAAUGUUACGGGUGCCUCACCAAGUACAUCAGAGCUACCAGUCCUUGUUUCCAGCCACCCACCCUUCCUCCGAUCUCCCCCACCAAACCCCAAAGCCAAGGGAAUCAUCGUUCUUCUUCUCCUUUCUCUCUUUCUUCUCUUAGCUUUCUUUGCAGUGGGAGCAUAAAAAAGUCGUCUUUUGCUUGUUUUACUGGCAAGGAGAUGAAGAAGCUUGGCAACGGGAAAGGGCGGAGGGUUCACCCUGUCCCACCGCCGGGGGCGGCGCUCCCGGCAGCGGUGAUGGCCCUGGCGGCGGUUCUCACCGCAGAGGAUCAGGAGGUGCUGGCGUACUUGCUCUCCGGCGGCGGCGGGAGGUGGAGGGAGCAGCGACGGCGGCGGGCGCACCCUCCGGAGCUGGAGUGCGGAUGCUUCGGGUGCUACAAGAGCUUCUGGGCCCGGUGGGACGCGUCGCCGAACCGGCACGUCAUCCACCGCAUCAUCGACGCCGUCGAAGAGAGCCUGGAGGCCAGGGAGUGCGACCGCGGGGGAGGAGGCCGCCGCCGCAGGCGGAGCGGCCGCGGCGGGAACAAAGGCGCCAUCUUGGCGCCGAACGCGACGGCGGUGGCGGAGGCGGAGGAGGCGGCGGACAGCUUGAGAGUCGAGGGGAAGGUGUCCCCGGCACUGGACGCAGAACACUUCCCGCAUGAUGAUGGUGAUGACUAUGACGACGAUGAUGGCGAGGAUGAGGAUGAUGAGGAUGAUGAUGAGGAGGAGCAAGAAAUGAACGAGAGCAACAACAACAACAAGAGCAAGAACUCCGUGAGAAGAUUUAUGAGUUUUAUUGGGGAAACAGUGUGGGGAGUUUGGAAUUGAAUGAAAGAAGAGAUGGAGAUAAAAAAGAAAGGCUUUUCGGGAGAUUGGAAAGGUUAGUUUGAUGUUCUCUCUCUCUCUCUCUCUCCUUUUUGAGUGCUCUCGUUUCUUUGGUAGGGAAAGACGCUCCUAAUCUCUCUGCUUCUGUUGUAUAUUUUCCUUUGUUGUAAUGAGAAAUCAGCCUUUCUCAGCAACAACUACUGCAUGUAAAAAGAGCACAAGAAAAGAAUUAUGGUAGCUCCUUGCUUCCCUCUGAUGUUUACA